GUCCUCUCGUGAUGACAGCGAAUGACAAGACGGUUCGCUUUAGCAGCUUCACGCCGCAAAGCGCCAACAAACUAUUCCUCCCUGUCGAGACAUUUCAUGAUCGGCUGUAAUCAGAGAAGAGGUCAACAACGCGUACAGGCCAGUUUGAAUUUGUCGUUAACCUCUGUGCCUGAACUAGCGGAUGAAGAUGGUGAAGCCAGACAUCCACACUCUGGCCCACCACCUGAAACAGGAGCGGCUGUAUGUUUCAUCAGAAAAGCAGUUGAUUCAGAGGCUCAACAGUGAUGUUCUUAAAACAGCGGAAAGGCUCUACCGGGCCGCUUGGAUCGCUAAGCAGCAGAGGAUCAACCUUGAUCGUCUCAUUCUCACCAGUGCGGAGGCGUCCCCAGCCGAGUGUUGCCAACAUGCCAAAAUGCUGGAAGAUACACAGUUUAUUGAUGGCUACAAGACACUGGGUUUCCAGGAAACAAUCUAUGGCGAAUUCCUGGCCAGGUUGAGGGAAAAUCCUAGACUGGUUGCAUCCUGCCUGGUGGCAGGAGAGAGACUGAACCAGGAGCACACUCAGGGUGUCAUCCAUGCAGUCUUCACAUCACUUUAUGGCAACUGUAUCAUGCAGGAAGAUGAGAGCUACUUGCUACAGGUGUUGAGAUACCUGAUAGAGUUUGAGCUGAAGGAGAGUGAUAACCCUCGCCGUCUACUCAGAAGGGGGACCUGUGCUUUCAGCAUCCUUUUCAAACUUUUCUCUGAAGGCUUGUAUUCAGCCAAGCUCUUUCUUACUGCCACCCUACAUGAACCAAUAAUGCAGCUGCUGGUGGAAGAUGAGGACCACCUGGAAACAGACCCAGCCAAGGUGACAGAGCGGCUUACUCCAGCCCAGCAGGAGCGCUUCGGAGAGAAAGGCUCCGAGGAUUAUAAGCAAAGGGUGCAGACAGCUGUGGAGGCCAAUGAGGCCAAGCUGGUGGCUUUGGUAAACAAGUUUAUUGGUUACUUGAAGCAAAACACCUAUUGCUUCCCUCACAGCCUGCGGUGGAUUGUAUCCCAGAUGUACAAGACUUUGUCCUGCGUAGAGCGUCUUGAGGUUGGUGAGGUGCGCACCAUGUGUACAGACCUGCUGCUGACAUGCUUCAUUUGUCCUGCUAUAGUCAACCCAGAGCAGUAUGGUAUUAUAUCAGAUGCACCCAUCAAUGAGGUGGCCCGCUUUAACUUAAUGCAGGUGGGGCAGCUUUUGCAGCAGCUGGCCAUGGCUGAUGAUGAUGCUGACCCAAGGCGCAAAAGCUGUUUGUCUAAGUUUGAUAAGAGUUGUGUUUCUGCCUUUCUGGAUGUGGUGAUUGGAGGACGAGCAGUUGAGACCCCUCCCAUGUCCUCCAUGAAUCUUCUCGAAGGUCUCAGUAGGACUGUGGUUUAUAUGAAUCAUAAUCAGUUACUUGCACUGGUGGACUUUGUUCGGAAUGUGAUGGCAGGGGACCACCUCAGAGAGGAAGAGCACAUGGCCCUUGAGACCCUGCUGGCCAAUGUGCCUCAAUCUCGAACCAUGAAGAGUAAUAGUCUGGAACUCACUCCCUCUAACACCCCCCAGCUUUCUCCUGCCACCACUCCGGCCAACAAGAAGAACAGACUACCCAUAGGACAACACUUAGCAUCCUUAACAUCCUGGGACCCCACAACCACCACUCUAUCUGCUCACAUUCCAUUAGUAACCCCUUUUGAAUUUGGCUAUUCAUUACAAGCAGGUGCUCGUAGCCGUAGUCGUAGCAACAUAGCCCAGGAGGGGGAGGCAGAGGCAAGCUCCCAAGAGUCCCUUCAGGAACUGAUGCCAGAGGAGGUGCUGGUAAUUUCACUAGGAGCUGGUCCUCAGACUGUCCCUGGGAUGAUGUCAGAGAAUGAGGUUUUGAACUUGCAGAUGGCUGAUGGGGCUCAAGUAGACGGCCAUGCUGAUGAUAGUAAGCUGCAUGGUAAACCAGACAAAACCCUGCGCUUUUCACUCUGCAGUGACAACUUGGAAGGAAUCUCAGAGGGUCCAUCCAAUCGUUCUAACUCUGUGUCCUCUUUGGACCUGGAGGGGGAGUCCGUUUCUGAGCUGGGAGCCGGACCAUCAGGGAGCAAUGGGGUUGAGGCCCUACAGCUUUUAGAGCACGAACAAGCCACCACACAGGACAACCUGGAUGACAAACUGCGUAAGUUUGAGAUCAGAGACAUGAUGGGUCUUACAGAUGACCGCGACAUCUCUGAGACGGUCAGUGAAACCUGGAGUACUGACGUGCUUGGCAGCGACUUUGACCCAAAUAUGGAUGAGGAUCGACUGCAGGAAAUAGCAGGGGCAGCCGCAGAGAACAUGCUUGGCAGCCUGUUGUGUCUUCCUGGCUCGGGUUCAGUUCUGCUGGACCCCUACGGCUCCACCAUCUCAGAAACGACCAGCGAAGCCUGGAGUGUGGAGGUCCUCCCCAGCGAUUCAGAAGCCCCAGACCUGAAGCAGGAGGAGCGUCUGCAGGAGCUGGAGAGCUGCUCUGGGGUUGGUAGUACCUCAGAUGACACCGAGGUCAGAGAAGUGAGCUCAAGACCCAGCACACCGGGCCUCAGCGUGGUGUCAGGUAUCAGUGCAACUUCAGAAGACAUACCCAACAAGAUCGAGGAUCUGCGGUCAGAGUGCAGCUCCGAUUUCGGAGGCAAGGACUCUGUGACCAGCCCAGAUGGGGAGGAGUCAAGCCACGGAGCCCACCAUCUGACAUCUCCACCUUCACAAGCAGAUUCCCUGCUAGCCAUGUUCGAUCCCCUCGCCUCUUGCGAAGGUUCCUCUACUGGGACUAUUGUGAGGCCUAAAGUGCACUAUGCCAGGCCCCCACACCCUCCCCCUGAUCCUCCUAUUCCUGAAGCCAGUGCCCUGGGGCAGGACACGCGCCACUCUCUGUUCAUGCCGCAGUGCUUGUCCGAGGCUGAGCUGGAGCUCACCAAGCAGCGCCAUUCCUUCCCUGACAGACUGGUCCGCAGCCGCAGCUCUGACAUCGUGUGCCCCGGCCGCCGCCCCACAAGCGACCCCGGCCUCAACAGGCGGGUGGCGGUUGAGGAGCGAGAACCUUCCAGGGCUUUCGCCUCGGGACCAUCCUCAUCACCCAGCAAGGACUCCCUAAAGGGAGAGGUUGAGGACAGGAAAGACAGUGAUGAUGAGAAAUCUGAUCGCAACAGACCUUGGUGGAAGAAACGUUUUGUGUCAGCCAUUCCCAAAGUGCUGUAUUGGACGGCUGAGAGUGAUGUCCCAGCUCCCAUCGCAGCAUUUAGGAAAAGGGACAAACAGGAGAAAGAUGAUAUUUCCCAGGAACGUAUUCAGCAAGACGACCCACUGCCCAGACAGAGUUCUCAAGCCCAGGCAGCUGAAGACAUCCUGGACAAGUACAGGAACAUCAAAAGUACCAGCCCAAGCAACGGAGCAGCAGGUGCUUCCUAUGAUGGAGCGGGAGGUCUUUGUGUCGAGGAAAAUGUGCAUGACUCUCCAAGAGAAGACGGGCUGCAGAACAUUUCCACAGAUGACCUCCCAGACUCGGCUAGCCAGACGGCACGGCAGCAUGAUUCCAAGUUCUCGUUCAGUGACGCAAAAAAGAAGUUGAGGUUGGCUCUGUGUUCUGCAGACUCGGUGGCUCUCCCCAUCAUGACACCAGCAAGCACACGUAACGGGCUGCCUGAUCACAUGGAUCCUGAAGACAAUGAGAUCGUCUGCUUCCUGAAGGUCCAGCUAGCGGAGGCCAUCAACCUUCAGGAUAAAAACCAGAUGGCCCAGAUCCAGGAAACCACGCGCUGUGUCAGCCGCUUCGAUGCACGCACCUGCAGGAAGCUGCUGGCUGCCAUUGCAGAGGAUUACAGAAAGCGGGCUCCAUACAUAGCCUAUCUAACCAGGUGUCGUCAGGGCCUGCAGACGUCUCAGGCCCAUUUGGAAAGGCUUCUUCAGAGGGUGCUGAGAGAUAAAGAGGUGGCCAACCGCUACUUCACCACUGUCUGUGUUCGGCUCCUUCUUGAGCAUAUGGAGUCAAAGAUGCUAGAUUUCAUCAAAGCGUUCCAGGGUUGCACAGCAUCUGAUGACAAGACGGCUGCAGUGGAGGAUUUUCUGCGCUACUUGUAUGGUGCUAUGGCCAGUGAUGCCAUUUGGCAGUAUGCAAGUGAGGACCAGCUGCAGGACGCCCAGAUGGCUAUCGAGCGCAGCGUUAUGAACCGCAUUUUCAAACUGGCCUUCUACCCCAAUCUGGAUGGAGACAGUAUGAGAGACCAACUUUUCCACGAACACAUCCAGCGGCUCACAAAGGUUGUGACAGCAAAUCACAAAGCUCUUCAAAUUCCAGAGGUGUAUCUGAAGGAGGCACCCUGGCCCUCUGCGCAGUCUGAGAUUAGGAGCAUCAACGCUUACAAGACGCCGCGAGACAAAGUCCAGUGUAUACUGCGCAUGUGUUCCACCAUCAUGAACCUUCUCAGUUUAGCCAAUGAAGACUCUGUACCCGGAGCAGACGACUUUGUCCCCGUGCUUGUUUUUGUCCUCAUAAGGGCAAACCCGCCCUGCCUGCUGUCCACCGUUCAGUACAUCAAUAAUUUCUACGCCAGCCGACUGAGUGGGGAGGAGUGCUAUUGGUGGAUGCAGUUCACCGCGGCGGUGGAAUUCAUUAAGACCAUCGAUGAUCGCAAGUGAAGCAGAACAGCCACCUGUAUGGGCAGACUGCGGGGGAAGGAGCUGGGAGACUGGGAGACUUCCCAACCAACUGCUCCCUCUGCACAGCUUAGAAAACCUGGCCUUCAGCCUGCUCUUUAUUUGUAUUUGCUUGUACAUAGCCAGAGACAUUGGAAGAUUACAAAAUAUAUAUAACUGUACGUAUGUGGAGAAAAUCCGGAUUUUAGCCGUGGUGGGAAAAUGCGGCUUUGGGGAAAAAUUAGCAACAUAAUAACCCUGAGUCUGAUUUUGGAUUUUUCAUUUUAGCAUUUUGUGUUGAGUUAGGUUUCAUUUUGGGCUCUGUGUUAGGAAUUUUUAUAUAUACAAUUACCAAUAUGACAUUAAAUCGAUGUUAAAGAUAAUUCUAUAUAAAGGGACCAGACUUCCUUGAUGUGAUCACUGAUUAUUUUCACUUGGGCGAGAGAGAAGGGCCUCCAAUUAAAUUACCGUCUAAUGUUCAUUAAAUGCAUUGUGAUGAGGGGAUUUACAGUCUACUGAUGGGAUUUGGCAACGAAACAUUGAGAUUAAUUCACAGUUCAACAUAAUUUCAUUAGUUCAUUAUAUCAUAUAGUCGGGCAGCUUGUUUCAUGACUUGUUUACUUCAUCCUAUUCCCGAAUGUGCAUCAAUUUAGACACAAGGGCCUAAAUAUGUAUAUGGAAUCAAAUGUAUUUAUUUCUGUCAUGAUAUUUAAUCAUUUAUAUAAUUUAACAAAGAAACAAAGGAACAUGCAUAUCAAGGCCCUUUCAAGAUGUUUGAGGAGAGGAUCUUAAAAACUUGUUAGGAAGGCACCUUAGCAUUGAGUAGGCUGUAGACGGGGAUGCUGGGUAAUUAAGAUGUACAGGGUCAACUCAUGCACAAAGUAGUAGCGGCAUUUAUGGAUAUGUUGAAAACAGUGCCUUUGACGUGGGGCACACUGUACAGGUAUUUUUGAGUUUUCUUUCUUUCUUUCCUUCUUUCUUUUAAAUCCAAGAUAGGCAUUAUUCCCUCCCCACACACUCUCCAAUGGGCCAACCACAUUUCUACCCAGAAACCUUUUGUUCAGCUGUCAACGCUGGGGAGCAGACGUCAACGCAUCUCUGACCGUCACGGCUCUGCUCCAUUAACGCGCCUAAGUUGGAACAAAAAUCCCCUUUGGUAAUCUAGAUCCUACCUCAAUGUUGAAACCCAAGCCCUUAUACGAGUCUGCAACAAAGUAGCUGUCCUGCAUUGGUUUAAUAGCGGAGUACUGGGUCAUUUUUGCACUGGAUAGAAAAAAAAUAUAGAAAAAACAAAGAUUGAUAUGGAAGAGUGACUGGAUAUUGACAUGCUGUGAUGUUUGCUUGGGUCUCAUUAACACAAGCCUUUGUUAGCCAAGACAUUUAAGUUAACAUAUCUAAGCUGCCACUUGGGCAGAAGAGUAAACUAUUUUGGCUCUCUACCUCUUCACAAGUUCAGAAAAAGGGACUCAUAUUUAUGUGCACUUAUUUCUUUUUUUUUUCUCUCCAAUUUGGCCUGCUAUUGAAUCCCUGUGUCCUUGUAUCUUUCCAGUUACAGUUCAAGCAUGUCUUUGACUCUGCAGACUUGAAACAAUUCUCUCUGAACGCUGUGCUUCAUUUUGGAGCACAGAAGUGCCACGUGUAUCAUAGUUUUUGAUUAACCCUUUCUUUUCGUAGUAAAAGACCUGACAGCACAAAACACAGUAGGAUAGAAAAGCAAAUAAUCAACACUAUUGACUUGUUACUGACUUGCUGUUCAUGCUUAAGUGGUUGCUGUAGUACGAGUGUGGGUUUUUCUCCUUUUUUUUUUGGUCUAGUGAGCUUGUUUGAGAUGCUUGUGGGAUUGCUUGACCCUCUGCCUCUCUUGCAUGAAGUCAUUGAAAGGUCUGUACAUUCUCAAUCGUGAUAAACUCUGCAAUGGGAUUAGUACGAGGAAGAGACCAGUGACUGAACCUGCAAGGAGGACGUGUCUGAUACUUGCAUAUCAGAACUUGACUUAUUUUGCACAGAACAGAUGUAUUUUCCUGGGAAAUUUAAAGUGGGGGAGGGCGUUUGAACGUCCUUGUACUUUUGGCUUUUGUCUUUCAACAUAAUUACUGCGAGGCAUUUCGCUGUUACUCCUUGGAGCUGAUAUGUAGUCACAUCACAAAUGCUUUUUGAUAUCCCUCUACAAUAGCACACAAGUUUAUGUAUACGUGCAGUGUACUUCCUUGCAAAGUCAGUGUAAUCACUUUGAUGAGAAAACCAAGCACUGGAAAAUCAAGUUGCAGGUUGCAUCUAUACUAAUUGGAUUUUGUGAUUUCACUUUAAUUGGGAACACAUCGUGCACGCAUCUGAGAAACCUGCGUGGGCUCGGUUUGUGUGUCAAUGUGUCCUCGGAUAGCUGAUCACAGUAGUUAGGAAUCAUUCCCAGAAAUGCUGAUGAAAACACCAGAUUGUCUCACAAGAAUAGGUGAUUGUGUCCUUGUAUUUAAACAAAAAAGGCCCGUCGGGCUGUUCUUUGGAGCUGUACUGCCCUGCGUCCUGUACAACGGUGUCGAAAAACUGAGCAGACAAACUUUUACAUCUUACAUCCAGGUUUAAAGUCAGUUGAACGCUUGCACAACUCUGACAUGCGGGGAAGUCCGGUUUGUCUUUUCUGUGAUUAAUGCAUUAUGUAAUUCUUUGAAAACAAUAAAAAAAAAGUUACAAACAU